UGGCUUUCACUUGCUUCUCCGAGUUGUAGUUAAUUUCCCACUCGAUCAGAAAAAAAAUAAAUAAAAAAUUAGGGUUUAUGUAAAAAGCUGAGAUUGUUAAUCGAAGAAGGUGGGGUGUAUAAUUCGUUUCUUUCUAUUGAAUCCUCCAGGGCGGUGCAAGUAAAAAACAAGUGAGCGACAAUGAGGAUUAUGAUAAAAGGAGGAGUAUGGAAGAACACGGAGGAUGAGAUAUUGAAAGCGGCGGUUAUGAAAUAUGGGAAGAAUCAAUGGGCCCGAAUUUCUUCUUUACUUGUUCGUAAAUCUGCUAAGCAAUGUAAGGCUCGUUGGUAUGAAUGGCUUGACCCUUCUAUCAAAAAGACCGAGUGGACAAGAGAAGAGGAUGAAAAGCUGUUGCAUCUCGCAAAGCUCAUGCCAACACAAUGGAGAACAAUUGCUCCAAUUGUUGGUCGGACUCCAUCUCAAUGUCUAGAGCGAUAUGAGAAACUCCUUGAUGCAGCUUGUGCUAGAGAUGAAAAUUAUGAGCCUGGUGAUGACCCCAGGAAAUUACGUCCUGGAGAGAUUGAUCCUAACCCUGAAUCAAAACCUGCACGACCGGAUCCUGUCGAUAUGGAUGAGGAUGAGAAAGAAAUGCUUUCUGAAGCUCGUGCCCGGUUAGCUAAUACUAGGGGUAAGAAGGCGAAGAGGAAAGCUAGGGAGAAACAACUCGAAGAGGCUAGGAGGCUUGCGUCUUUGCAGAAAAGGAGGGAACUUAAGGCUGCUGGGAUUGAUACAAGGCAACGAAAGAGAAAAAGAAAGGGAAUUGAUUAUAAUGCUGAAAUCCCCUUUGAGAAGAGGCCUCCUCCGGGGUUUUAUGAUGUUGCUGAUGAAGAUAGACCUGUGGAACAGCCUAAGUUCCCAACAACCAUUGAAGAACUUGAGGGAAAAAGAAGAGUUGAUAUUGAAGCACAGUUAAGGAAGCAGGAUAUUGCAAAAAAUAAAAUUGCACAGAGGCAGGAUGCCGCAUCGGCAAUAUUGCAGGCCAACAAGCUAAAUGAUCCAGAAGCAGUGAGGAAGAGAUCCAAACUUAUGCUACCAGAACCUCAGAUAUCGAAUCAUGAACUAGAGGAGAUUGCCAAGAUGGGAUAUGCCAGUGAUCUUCUUGCUGGUAAUGAGGAACUGGCUGAAGGGAGUAGUGCUACUCGUGCUCUUCUUGCAAAUUAUUCCCAGACUCCACGGCAGGGAGUGACACCUUUACGGACCCCACAAAGAACACCUGCUGGAAAAGGUGAUGCUAUCAUGAUGGAAGCUGAAAAUCUGGCUAGGUUGAGAGAAUCCCAAACGCCUCUACUUGGUGGAGAAAAUCCUGAGCUGCAUCCUUCAGAUUUUUCUGGGGUCACUCCUAAAAUGCAGGUCCAAACACCCAACCCAAUGUUGACUCCUGCGGCAACCCCUGGUGGUACUGGUCUUACUCCUAGAAUUGGAAUGACACCAUCAAGGGAUGGCUACUCUUUUGGUCUGACCCCUAAAGGAACUCCCAUCAGGGAUGAGCUCCACAUAAAUGAAGACAUGGAUCUACAUGACAGUGCCAAGCUUGAGCAACGAAGACAAGCUGAUAUAAGAAGGAACUUGAGAUCUGGGCUUGGUAGUCUUCCACAGCCAAAGAAUGAGUACCAAAUAGUCGUUCAACCGCCCCCAGAGGAGAGUGAAGAACCAGAGGAGAAGAUUGAAGAAGACAUGUCUGAUAGAAUAGCCAGAGAAAGGGCUGAGGAAGAAGCACGGCAGCAGGCAUUGCUUAAGAAGAGAUCAAAAGUGUUGCAAAGGGAGCUUCCAAGACCACCUAGUGCAUCACUGGAACUAAUUAGAGAUUCUUUGAUGAGGACUGAUGGAGACAAAAGUACCUUUGUUCCUCCUACUUUAAUUGAGCAGGCUGAUGAAAUGAUAAGAAAAGAGCUUCUGUCCUUGCUGGAGCACGACAAUGCUAAGUAUCCACUUGAUGAAAAGGCAAACAAAGGGAAGAAAAAGGGUGCCAAGCGUUCUGCUAAUGGAUCUAUUCCCAGUAUAGAAGAUUUUGAGGAAGAUGAAAUGAAAGAGGCUGAUUCGUGGGUAAAGGAAGAGGCUGAAUUCCUUCGUGUGGCAAUGGGGCACGAAAAUGAAUCUCUUGAUGAUUUUGUUGAAGCACAUAAUACUUGCCUAAAUGAUCUCAUGUACUUCCCUACUCGUCAUGCUUAUGGUCUGUCAAGUGUGGCUGGAAAUACGGAGAAACUUGCAGCCCUGCAGACUGAAUUUGACCAUGUGAAAAAGAAGAUGGAUAAUGAUAAGUUGAAAGCAGAAGGCAUGGAGAAGAAGUUCAAUGUUCUCACACAGGGUUAUGAGAGACGGGCUGCAACACUUUGGCGUCAGAUUGAAUCAACCUUUAAGCAGAUUGAUACUGCAGGAACAGAACUAGAGUGUUUUCAAGCAUUACAAAAGCAGGAGCAGCUAGCAGCUUCACACAGAAUAAAUGGUCUCUGGGAGGAAGCUCAGAAACAGAAAGAGCUUGAACAAACCUUACAAAGUCACUACGGGAAUCUCAUAGCUGAGAUAGAAAGGAUACAAAAGCUCAUGAAUGUAUACAGAGUACAAGCACAAAAACAAGAAGAGGCAGCUGAAAAGGAUCAUGCUCUUGAGUCGUCUGAGGCUCCAGCAAGUCAAGCUGCUGUGCCAAGCUCAGGACUUUCUGAGCCUGCACCUUCCUCGGAGGAUGUUUACUCUUCUCUUGAUGGCCAGCCAAGCCUGAAAAUUGAUAUGAAUGUUGAUUCCCGAGAACUGCAUGCUACUAUGGAUUCGGAAACAGGUGGAAACAUGUCUGGUAAUGUGCCUUUGGUUGUGGAAGACAACGGAGAUAAUAUCACAAAGACACCGGCUCAGGAUGCUGGAACAAGUUCUGAGGUUGCUGCAGAAUCUGUAAAUCCUGACACAGUCUCUACCAAACCGGAAAGCAUCGAAGAAACGCUUGAAGGUGAAGGUUUUACUGAUCAUGCCAAGAUUGACAGUACAUGUGUCUUGGGUGGAGAUACUGCUGAAAACCAAACUGCAAUGGAGGAAUAGCUGUUUUAGGCUUUUAGCUCUUAACAAGGUAAAAGUUUUUUCGAAUUAUGAGAAACUAGGUCAGGAAAUUCUCUCAUUCAACCAGUAAUAUUGGGGGGACUGAUGGAUCCACAUCUGCCUCUGUAUUUUAAUUUUCCAUGGCAAUUAGCAAUUUUGGAGCAGACCAUUAUCUGUUGUAAUCUUUGCAUCACGAUGUUUUCUUGCGCCAGAUAUUUUGGAUUCUCACCCGGAAAUGUUCAAAAUGUGAUUAUUAUGAGAUGUAUUGAAAUGGUUUAUUUAUUCAGUUUUUCCUUUUAGACA